CUUACUCCACACACACAGGCAGCUGGAGAGAGGGAAGACGUAAUGGUUUGAUUCCCUGUGCACUUGCAAUGGUCGUCGUCCUGACAUUACUCGGCAGAUUCCUCGAACGGGAGGUGCAAUGAAGGCAGGGGCAUCGUCCAUGUGGGCGUCAUGCUGUGGGCUGCUGAACGAGGUGAUGGGCACGGGCACAGUGCGGGCACAGCAGCCGGGGUUCGGAGCAGGGGCAGGGCCCUUCCGCUUUGCCCCCAGUGCUGGGUACUCCACCUACCCCCCCACCAGCUCAGGGAGUGCUGGACAGCUGUGCAAGGCCUGCGGACUGGCCUUCUCUGUCUUCAGACGCAAGCACAUCUGCUGUGAUUGUAAGAAGAGUUUCUGCGCCUUGUGCUCGGUGCUUCAAGAGAACCUGCGCUGCUGCACGACCUGCCACCUGCUGCGCGGCACGGCCUUCCAGAGGCCCCGGCUCAUGCAGCUCCGAGUGAAAGACCUGCGCCAGUACCUGCUGCUGCGCAACAUCCCCACCGACACAUGCAGGGAGAAAGAGGACCUGGUGGACCUGGUGCUCUGCCAUCAGGGGACGAGGGAAACCCCGAGACCAGUAGUGGAAGAGGAUGAGGAGGAAGAUGAAGAAGAAGAAGAAGAAGAAGAGGAAGAGGGGGCAGAGGAUGAAGAGGACAUACAUGAGGAGGAGGAGGAGGAGGAGGAAGAGGAGGAAGAGGAGGAAGAUGAAGGAGGAGAUGAAACAGACAGUCUGCACUCGCUACCCCACUCGCGCGCCGCCUCACCCCCCUCCGCCACGCGCUCCACCUCUGAACAGUCGGUCCUCUCUGCCUCUCACGGAGACGUGCUCAGCCCAAGUGACAGCUCAGGGACCACCAGCCAGGAGCAUGAGGACACGCCAACAGCAUCUCUCUUGAACCUGGAACCCACUGAAAAUAUCUUAGAGGUCAGUCCGGCGACACAGAGGAGGAUCAGGGCCUCGCUGUCUGAUCUGGACAAUGAAGAGGCGAUAGAAAACCUCUCAGUCCGCCAGCUGAAAGAGAUUCUUGCCAGGAACUUUGUCAAUUACUCUGGCUGCUGCGAGAAGUGGGAGCUGCUGGAGCGAGUGCAUCGGCUCUACAGAGAGAAUCAGCAGAACAGGAAAUCCAUGGAAAAUGUGAGCAUAACUGCAGAUGGUGUCAAAGCUCAGCUGGCGGCCGAUGAAAACUUGUGUCGCAUCUGCAUGGACGCCAUCAUCGACUGUGUGCUACUGGAGUGUGGUCACAUGGUAACCUGCACCAAAUGCGGGAAGAGGAUGAGCGAGUGCCCCAUCUGCAGGCAGUACGUAGUGCGGGCCGUGCACGUCUUCAAGUCUUAAAAACUCUGUGCGUGCGCGUCAGAGCGGCCCUCAGGCGUGCACGUUGCCCCGAGCCCUGUAGUUAUCACUGAGGAUGAACUGCUGUGCAUGACGUCUCGCAGGGCCUAAUGCUGCAGCAGGCGCGAGCAACUUCCCCGGUCUUUGGAACCAGACUGUUGCCUCUUGCCUACCACGGUUUGCCCCCACCCCACCCUCUCGCCCUCCUUUACUAACUCAUGUUCCAGUCCCACUUUUCCUCCCUGGUGGACCAUCAUCAGCUGCACUGGGACACUCACUCUUUCUCUGUUUGUUUCUAUUAAACACAAAGCAGAGCCCCCUGCCAUCACUUUCUACUCUCUUGUUCUCUGUUUAGAUUUUACUCACAGGAGAGGAGUGGAGGUGGUCCCACAGAUACUUGAAGUGGAUAGGGUUGUUGUGUGUGGGGGAGAGAAGCAGUUGGAUGAAAAAUAUAAGAUCCCAGGGUUUAGAGUCAAUAUGGUUUACACAGUCAUGCCACAUGACACAGUGUUAUCUCCCUCAGUGUUCUUUAGGAUGUGCAAUAUCAAAAAAAAAGAGACUUACUUGUGUUUCUAGAAAAUGUUUAUUAGUUAAUCCGAACACCACGUGCACCGAGUCGUCUCAAACACAGGAGGGUGUAAGGUGCCAAACGUCAUGCCUUCAAUCGAUAUUUGGUUAAGAUUUCACAGUAUAUGCAUCUCAUAACCAGCAAGCUUGGUGUGAUAGUUUACUAUAUUUUUUUUUCUUCCAGUUUUCCCAAAUUAACUUUAGGAAAUUACGUAAACAUUUAAACACUUACUUGUGUGAAGGAUGUGAUUUUCUCAUCUAAAAUAAAGUGAUUCCUGCCGAAGACACGAACAGUAAAAAACAGCAGUUUGACAAAAAAAGGGGGGAAAAAUGAACUCAAGGCCCACUUACUACAUUUUAUUUCCAGGGGGUUUCAGCCACAUUUUUGAGGCUUCAUCAGCUCAGUUUUCGUGGAGAUGGGUCAACUUACAUCACGUGACCUAAGGUGAAUAUGUAUAUGAAUAUACAUAUAUAUGAAUGUGAAUGGCCUCAUCCUUCUCCUGAGGAAGACCACUGGAUGCAGCUGAAAGCUCCAGCUAAUAAGUGGACUUUGAGUUAAAACAUUUUUUUGUACUAUUUUCUAUUUGAUUUAAAAUAACUUCCACCAAGCAAUACCAUUUAGUUUCCAAGUCUACCAAGUGUCUUUCUUUGACUGUGUUGUCCGUUAAUGUGUCGAAUCUUAGGUAGGUAACAGGUGCUACUUCCUCUUUUCUGUAACUUCAACAUACCAUUGUCAUGUUGUCGAGGCGUCCUUCCAAAUAUCCAUCACACAGUGAGAGGUAGAGGAAGCCUGGUUUACUUUAACCUGUUAUGCAAAUGAAACACUUUGUUUUUCUUGUCAUGAGAUCCAGAUGUCACUAAAAUAUCUGUGUACAGUAUGCCUGUGGUAUGUUUUAAAAAAAAAAGCUGAAUUGCUGUUAAUGAAGUUAAUCGCAUAGAUAGCUUAUAUGGUUGUUUACUGAGUCAUUAAAUGUAUAUUUUUCCAUUUUACUUGGGAGACGACAUGAUUUAAAAUUCUACUUAUUACGGAGGUUUAAAAAUAAAAAAUAUACAGUUUUUCAGAAUGUAUUUCUGUUGGUUUUGGUCAGACGAGUUCCUCAGUCCUCUGAUUGUGUCACUCUCUCACCAUUAAAGUUGCGUCAGUCAUGGUCUCUUUCUAGCACUUUUUGUCGCGUCUGCUUCAGAUCCAAAAAACCGACACUGACACCAUGCACUGUAACAAACACUGUAACUCUGUAAGUCUGUUUGUUGAUGCUGCUGUUUCUCAAAGAUGUCAUUCAUAGGCAGCUACAGUAUCAGAGCAGUAGAUUAUCAUGAGCACUCAUAAUCCUGGAUCUUUAUAUUUUGGGAAUGUUGAACCUUUUUAUUUUGGUAAACAAGAGAAAAUGAUUUAUUAGAUUCAAUAAAAUGCAGUACUACAAACCAGAAAGAAAAACCCUGCUUUUCAUUUUGUAAUCGGUCAUCUGUCGCUUACAGCCAACUUAGUGAUUGGCAUA